AUGGUAGGACAUCUAUUUGUAGACAGUCAUUCGUUGGAGGCCAUCGAGAAGGUGGAUGGCAUGCAGAUCGGCGAGAAGACGGUGGGGGUGGGCGUGGGUCACUUCGUGAAGCGUUCCGAGCGUUCCUGGGGCGCCAACGGAGAGACGGACGCGGGUGACAAGCCCACCAUGAACACCUUCACGAACGUGUAUAUCAAGAACUUCCCUACUGAUUGGGAUGAGGAGAAAGUCAAGACCGAGUUUGGCAAGUGCGGCAAGAUCACCUCCGCGUUCCUCUCCGCCGACAACAAGGCACCGUUUCCGCGACGGCACCGGCGGAUGGUGGGGGGCCGCAAGUUCGCCUUCUUGAACUUCGAGACCCACGAGGAAGCGAAGAAGGCCAUUGAUGAGAUGCAUCAGAAGGACUUCCGCACGGAGGAGCAAAAGGAGGCCGACAAGGAGAAAGAGGAAGAGGAGAAAGACAACGCUGAAAAGAGCUACCUCCUCUAUGUGAACCGCGCGCAGAGUAAGACGGAGCGCGCUCUGGAGCUGAAGGAGAAGAUGCCAGCCAGGGAACCCGCUGGCCGAAGUCAGGGAGUGAACCUGUACAUCAAGAACUUGGACGAACAGACGGACGACGACUCCUUGCGCGGGCUCUUUGAGUCCUUCGGAAACAUCACCUCGGUCUGUGCCAUGAAGGAGCCCAGCGGCAAAUGCAAGGGCUUUGGCUUCGUGUGCUUCAGCAGCCCCGAUGAAGCCACGAAGGCCGUCACCGAGAUGCAUCUCAAGGUGGUCAAGGGAAAGCCGCUCUAUGUGGGCCUGGCCGAGAAUCGGGAUGUGCGCGCGGAGCGCCUCCGCCAGCGAUACUCCCCCGCCGGCGUGGGGAAGGGCAAGGGCAAGGGCAAGGGCGGUAUGGGGAUGUAUGGAAAUCCCAUGGGAGGGAUGGGAGGUGGUAUGCAGCCGCCCAUGAUGGGCAUGGGCGGCAUGGGCAAGGGCAUGAUGCAGGGCCAGAACGCUGGCAUGAUGAUGGGCCAGAAGGGCAAGGGCGGUAUGCCCAACAUGCCGAUGAACCCUCAGAUGAUGGGCAUGGGCGCAAUGGGCAAAGGUAUGCCGAACAUGAACAUGGGUGGUGCCAUGGGCAAGGGUGGUAUGCAGAUGCCUAUGCCUAUGGGACCCAUGGGCGCCAUGGGACCUAUGGGACCCAUGGGCAUGAUGCGGCCCCCCAUGAUGCCGAUGAUGCGCCCAGGCAUGCCCAGCCAGGGCCCGGCACAGGCUCCACCGGCCAACACGGGUGGAGGUCAACAGCUCACUGCGGCCGCGCUGGCUGCAGCCCCCCCACCGGUGCAGAAGCAGAUGAUUGGCGAGCGGCUUUUCCCCGCGAUCUCCAAGCACCAACCUGAGCUGGCUGGCAAGAUCACAGGCAUGAUGCUGGAGAUGGACAAUUCCGAGCUUUUAAUCCUCCUGGACAGCGAGCACCAACUCAAGGCGAAGGUCGAUGAGGCCAUGCGUGUCCUGGAGCAGGCCAAGUAA